CUAUAGACCCACACCCCUUCGUCGACGAGUGCCCCUACGCCGGGUAUUGUCUCAACGGGGGGACCUGUAUGAUGUUCAGGAUCGUCGGCGAGCUAGUUUGUCAGUGUGCAGAAGGCUACAAGGGUCAGCGGUGCCAGGAGAAGGAAGUUUACCCAACGUUUAAUCGCAGUUGUCACGGGCCACUGAGAAACAUCCGUCACUCACACGGUCGUCGAUGUCCACGCAAUCAGCCGGCGGCCCUGUGGGAGUUGCUGCAGCAGACCCUCGCCCGCAAGCACAAGGUGUCUCCGUGGACCAAGACACAACUCCUGAGCUGGUCUCCCACCCACACAGGGAGCGCUUACUGGCUCCAUUACAUGCGUCCUGCCCAACACUCUCAAACUCGACCCCAAAGCAGAGGGAACAACAAGACAGCGCCCACCCUCAGUGGUCCUGGGCCUACGACCAGUGGCCUCCUGCAGCCUCCCUCCUCCCCAGGAUUCCUUCCGCUGCCCCACACAACCGAGCAUCCAGAGGUAUUAGAUUCUCUUCUUCCCGACCUCGAUCGUUCGCAUGUUACCAGGCGCAGAGAUCCCGUAGGUCUCUCAAUGCCACCCUCGAGUCCUCCGGCCGCAUCUCAGCCAGUACCUACUCGAACACACGGCCUUCGACUGACCACUCCACCCAGCUCUCUAAUGAGGAGCGUCAAACAUGACGCUGUACAAGACCCACAGCUGGAUAUCCUCCUACAUUCACCUCCUCCACAGCUUAGUGAGGACAGUGAGAGUGAAUAUGCACACCACAUCCGCUAUAAGAGUCGGCUACGGCGCCGUCACCACCACAGGCACCAUCUUACAGACCCGAGGGAUCGACCUCCGCACAAUAGUUUGGAAGAAGCUCAUGUACCACAAUUUACUAGACCGACGGGGGACCAGAGAAUGACGAGUUGGUCUGGAUUGGUCCCUCAAGGUAAACCCCAGCACCCCGUCUUCUCUCUACCUGACCACGCCCCGCCAGCACAACCAACGACAGUGACGCCCUUAUUCCACACAGGGGCAUUAUCAGAUAAAAGCUUUAUGUUAACACAAGCGUCCCUGCACUCCACAUGUUAGGUGGAAGAGGCGUGCUAGGCGUCACCUGCUGGAGCUGGUGACGUCUGAAAUACUCAGCUGUACUUACGGAAUUCCACUGCUGUCAGUGGCACUGCCGGGGUCGUGUGAUCUAUAAUUGUUCUUGUUGGGUGAGGCAGCACGCCGUCAACUACGGAGGCAAGAAGGAAGCAUUAGAGGUGUUGUGGGCAUGCUGCUGCACAUGACCAUUAUGGAACAAAGGGUUGUGAGGUGCCACAGUGUAGUGUAAGCAAGCCAAAGAAACAAGUAGUCAUAGAUAUAAGCAAGCCUGCAUUGGAUCCAUGGUGCCUGGGACAGUAUGCGGACGCGUCCACCUGUUGAGAGAAGUUACGAGACAAAAGUGAGCUUCCUUCUCAAGGAUAAGAGGCCCCCAUCAGUGGCACUCCACUGACCAGCACAGUACUCGUGUUGGCACUCUUGGAGUCCUCGGGUGGGUGUGCCAACCAGUAGGCCGACCGUGCCCUUGUGCCAUCACCACCUGCACGUGAACCAGUCAGGAAGCGUAAGGAGUCGUGAUGAGCGGUGGUGCUCUGCAUGAGCACCACACAAACUCCCACGACUUUCCUUGGACUUGUGUGCUCUCUCUGUGAGCACUUGUGUUCUAAGUUGUGCACACCAGUUUGGUCGGUCACAUCCUGGGGAUCAGAGAAUAAAAGACAUGUAUACUUGUACAUAGCCAUAUAAACUAUAUAAUAAGCUCUGUGUUUACAAUGUUGUGUCUAGUGCUUCUGUUUGGCAACAAUGUGAGACUGAAGUGUUAGUGUAAAUACUGGUAAAGUGGCCCGAGUGGUGGUGUUUGUACACACAAUGGAACGUGCCUUGAUUGACUUUGCAUUUACAUCAGUGUAGAACCGGAUAGACCAGUUGAUUUGGUUUAUGUAAUUUUAUUAGAUAUUUGGUGUACAUAAUUUGUCUUCCUUCUUUACUUUUAGUUGUAUAUUUCUGUCCUGGUAAUAUGAGUUAGCGUGGUGCACCAGGAUGGAUGGCGCCAGAACUGCCUAUGUCAUUCUAAACCUUCUAUUCAUUCUUUAAUUAUUUUGUUACAAAUUACAUGAAAAAUCACGCAGGUACGCUUCAGCACCAACACUUCUUGUCCAGUAAGGUGCUUCACCCUCCGGCAGUUGAGGUGUAGAAGGUUCAUAUACUUGCCAUGGUACUAAAUGUAUGCGUUUAGGUAGCGUCUAGGUGAGAGCAUCAGCAGGUAACUGUUCAGGUUAUACAACAAUAAUUAACUGCGAAUGUCUUAUUUAUUCAAAAUUACAGGAGAUUUUGUUGAUUGAAGCUUCAGUAGUGCCUUAAAGAUAUGAUUUAUGGUAAAGGCGGGACGAAAGUGAGUAGGGAAGGAGAUGUACAGGAGUGAUGCGCCUCCCUUCACACAGCCCCUCACGCUGCCAACUUCAUCACCUAAAUUUUAUGCCCUAUUUUGGACUUACCGACUUGUCAUUUAAUUUUCUAAUUUUAAUAUGACGUUAACGCAGAGAUGUGGCUUGAGGAGGACCAGAGGCAAAAACUUUACCACUUGUUCACUACCUGGGUCCUCCAUCAACGUAAAAUUUACUGGAACAAAAAUAUUAUGAAAGAGAAUGAAGACAGCAGUCAGACGGAGAAAGGUACUGUACUAUACUGUUUUGACAGUACUGUACUGUACUGUACUGUACUGUACUGUACUGUACUGUACUGUACUGUACUUCAAUCAUUUGUUUUUAUAAUUUAUCACUUGGUGGUAAUACAAGUGCCAACACUCAACAGUUGUCUCUUCUACGGAGUUAUUAAACUUACCGUCAGUAUGAGAGAGCUUUAGCUUUCCCCGGAUGGUAACAAAUAAAGUCAGUUUUCUCAUUAAUGAGGAAGAAUUAGAGUUACAUUAAGCACAUCUUACCGAGUAAAGGGUCUCCUUCUAUACUCUAGAUAUGAUAUAAAGGCAUCAGGAGCUGGGAGAGCAGGAUCACACCAACCCUUGUGACUUGUGGAGCGAAUAAUUUGUUUGGCUGCUAAAUUUUUUAAGCAUAAGCCCCUUCCUUCCCCAUGUUCGACCAGCCACUUCAGUUCUCUCUCUCUUUACUUACAUUUGAGGCGGCACCCGCGUUGCUGCUUGUUGAAACCAGCAGGUGAGGUACUGAAGGACAUUCUACUUCUUAGUUAGGGUACCCUAUCAUACUCCUUGUGAAGUUUUCUCGUCUUUUCAAGAAUCUAAUAUUUUCUCCCUAUUAUUUUCUACUCGCCGAGCUGGCUGGCUAGCUCUGGUUAAUGGUUUUGUAUGGUACGAGGUUUGAUAAAGUAUGUUUUUCGGCAUUUAGGUGUCUCCUAGUACGGACAGUGGCCUGCCAGGCUCGUCCAGUGCCCCAUGGGAGAGGGGAUGGUCAGGAACCGUCUCCCCUACCACCUGGGACAGACAGGCCCUGCACCUGCUCGGGGCUCUGCUCUUACCCCCUCCCUACAAGUGAAGUUUAUCUAUAAAUUACACAAUACACCAUAGUGGCAC